GACUAAGUACUCUACAUACUAAUCAUCAUUGUCAUGUCACUACUCAGUGCUGUACGGCUUGCUGCCUCCUGCUCGCCAAGAACCGUGCCUCGCAAUAGCCUUCAGUUUCUGAGUUCGACACAGGGCAGCUUUACACACAAUGCCAUCUCUUGGUCACCCAAAACAUCAUACAUCCGGCUUUACGCAUCGAGGUCUAAGGCGAAAUCUACUGUAGACUUAAUCCCGGGGUCCAAACAAGCUCUUACUUCUGAGGCCGCUCGUUUGGAAUAUGGAAAAUCGGAGGCGAAGAUGAACGCCGCUGUCGAAUGGUACCGCAAAGAGGUAGCUGGCCUAGAGACUCGUGCAAGCGGUCGCGUCACUCCAGCCCUUCUCUCGCCAGUACGCAUAGAACUUCCAGGCAAAGGAAAGGACCUUGUGAAACUCGAGGAAGUGGCCACCAUUGGCGUUCGAGAUGGCUCAACCUUGAUUAUUACGGUGUUUGAGGACCAAAAUUUGAAAGCAGUAGAACAGGCCUUAUAUGCCGCGAAGCUACCAAAUAUCGUUCCCCAGAGACAGGAUUCCAGGACAAUCAAGAUUCCUAUACCUAGGCCAACAGUUGAAGCCCGCAAUGCGCUGACUGCAACUGCUCAGCGAAUGGCAGAGGAUACACGUGUGCAACUUCGAAAGAUACAACAGGCUAGUGUCAAAAAGGGCGACUACAAAAAGCACUCAGUUGAGCUCGAAGAAUUUCAGAAGCUCGCAGAUAGGAACACCACCGAAGUAGACAAGAUUCUUGCACAUAUGAAGAAAUCAACUGGGGCCCGGUAGGGAUAUCCAGAGGAGCCGUACCCUGACAAUAUACCUCAUCAUAUGUAUCUGUCGUUAUUGAUGCGUAUACUAAUUCAUGAUGCAUGCCAACAUUCUAUUUGCGAUACAUUUUAGCAUUAUAG